CAGCGCGGUUGGCAUCCAUCUCGUGCGCCCGCGCCGCAGCGGUCGCGUAGCAUCGUUGAAGAGGUGCUGAGUAUCAGCACGCGUCGUGGCCAACGCGGUCGCGUCGAAAGACCGACCGGCUGGGCCUCCACGGGCAGCCCCCAGCCUUGGGGCUGCCCCAGGCGUGCCCUUGCGACGCGCACCCGUCGCCUCCCGUCGACAAGCGACCCACGGGCACGUGAACCGCGAUGGGCCUCCUCGAGUGCAUCUGCGGCUACGGCGUCGCGCCGACGGCCGACGACCGCAUCGCCAAGGCGAUGCAGACGUUUAACCUGAAAGUGCGUUCCCGGUGUGUAGAGGCGGUCUCACUUCAUUGAAACGCGUCGUCUCCGCGAGAGCGGGCGAGGGGUGGUCUCGUUUUCGAGUUUGAGCCGUUUCGCGGCGCGUCAGAGAGACCGUCGUCGUGAUCCCACGCCGCGCGCAGGAAAAAGAUAUAAGAGUACUGUGGCACAUGUUCAAGAAGCACGACAAGGAGCGCCGGAGCAUCAUCGCUAUUAGUGACUUCUACGACAAAAUAGUAUUCGUACCCAGAACCAUUUUUUGCGAUGGGCUGUUUGAUCUGAUAGAAGCCGCGGACUCAGAAUCAAUAGAUUUCGGGGAGUUCGUGGCGGCCGUCACCACCUACUGCUUCUUCGAGAUCCCGGAGGUCCUCAAGUUCUGCUUUUUCGUCUUUGAUCGAGAUAAAAAAGGUUUUAUUACGCAGGAGGAGAUGCGGCUCUUCGUCGACGCGAUGCACGGCAACGAGAUGUCUACCAAUGUUGAGUUCGCCUUAGAUAAUUUGAAAUAUAGAAAGGACGGGAAAUUUGACUUCGAGGAGUUCAAGGGCAUGCACCACUUAUAUCCAUCGGUGCUGUUUCCCGCCUUCCGGUCCGCGGCUCAGUGUCGACACCGACGCCCUCGUCAUGAUCAUCCGAGAGUCUACGCACAGGCUGCAGAACGCGAUGAUGCAGGCCAUGGGCGGCGAGCAGUUCUGGGAGUCGAAGAAGCUCGAGCUGUCCAUGCAGAAGGAAGACGAGAGGAAACGGGAGGCCAAUAGGGAGGCCCGCGAAAAGGCGGAAGCUUAUAAAUAUAGGGAGGACCAGGUCAGAAGACAUAUGGGUUCCAUCAAGUACUACCUGAUGCCCAAGAACCGGGCGAAAUAUUAUGAAGUGUAUCCUCUGCCCAAAAAAUAUAGGGUGAUGGAGGAGCAAGAACGAGCUCGGGCGAAGCGUGAAAAACAAUUGGCCGAGAUGCGGAAGAAGAAGGCGGCCCAGUAAUGUUUGUUGUGUGA